AAACAAGGUCUGUGGUAUGCCUCUCAUUCUAGGCUCCUUUAAAAGCACAAAAUGGAAGAACUGCUUCAUAGACAAGCUCAGGGCCAUAGUCCAAGUAAAAACCUAUAGAAGACGGAAGUCAUAUACUGGAGAAUAUCAAGAAUAUCCGCAUUUCCAUUCCUACUCCUGAGAAAGUUUUGAGUCAUCAUGGACAAUCUGACAUCUGAAGAAAUUCAGCUGAGGGCUCACCAGGUUACUGAUGAGUCUCUGGAAAGCACAAGAAGAAUCCUGGGUCUAGCCAUUGAGUCUCAGGAUGCAGGAAUCAAGACCAUCACAAUGCUGGAUGAACAAGGAGAACAAUUAAACCGCAUAGAAGAAGGCAUGGACCAAAUAAAUAAAGACAUGAGAGAGGCAGAGAAGACUUUAACAGAACUCAACAAAUGCUGUGGCCUUUGUGUCUGCCCAUGUAAUAGGACAAAGAACUUUGAGUCUACUAAGGCCUACAAGAGCACAUGGGGAGACAGCGGAGAGAGGUCACCUGAUGGUGUGGUGUCGAAGCAGCCAGGCCGGGUAACCAACGGUCAGCCUCAGCAGCCAAGCACUGGGGCUGCCAGCGGGGGAUACAUUAAACGUAUCACUAAUGAUGCCAGAGAAGAUGAAAUGGAGGAGAACCUGACUCAAGUGGGAAGUAUCCUGGGAAAUCUAAAGAACAUGGCCCUGGACAUGGGCAAUGAGAUUGAAGCUCAAAAUCGACAAAUAGACCGGAUCACAGAAAAGGCUGACACCAACAAAGAUCGUAUUGACAUUGCCAAUGCCAGAGCAAAGAAACUCAUUAACAGCUAAAGCUACUUACUGUACUUCUUGAUCAUUAUUCACUUCUCUGGCACCUCCUCCAAAGUCAUUGCUUUUCCAUAGUUUGACAUUUUGAUUCUGUGCUCUUGUAAGGGGACAUAAUGUAAAAGAAGGGCCAAGAGAGUCACAGCCCCCAGAUUUUUCAUUUUCUGUUUUCCUUGAGGGUAGAUUUCUGCUCCAACCGUCUAGUAUUUUCUCAGUUCAUACUUAGGUUGGUCUUUACAUGUCACAUACAGUGUUUUUAUCCUUCUGAUUUACUUCAGCAUGUUCUCUUGCUUUCAAGAUUUGGAAGCAUUGCCAAAGAUCCAUGAAGAAGGCAGCUGAAGAGGUGGUUUUGUUUUUUGGUUGGUUGGUUUUGCUUUUUGUUUAGUGGUGGAAGAAGAAAUGAGAGAUAGAGGUUGUUAUCUCAUUAAACACCUGCAGGCCAUGAAGAAAAAUAUUGCAGAGUCACAGUAAAGAUAUAGUUGGGUAUAAUUUUUAAUUUAAGUUGCAGUAAUUGCUGGUUUAUGCUGGUAUUUGGUGUUGGAGCUCUUACACACAAUAUUUUUGUCAUAUGCAAGUAGAAUCUUGAAACCUCUGCUCCAAAGAGAAUAGUGUGAAUUUUCUUAAAGUGAGCUUAAUUUCUAAAUUCUAAAUGAUUCGCAUAUGUACAUAGAUUUUGUGAUUCUGUUUCAUAUUGCACCAUUCAGGAACACUCUGUAUAAAUGAAUGGCUUUUAUUUUCAUAUUUUUAGUAUGUCAUGGUCCCAUACUUGGCAUAUUAACUUCAUAAAUAUGUUAUUAGUCUCUGAGGAAAACAAUAUGUAAAUAUAUAUCGUGUGAGAAUUUCGUAUAAUAGGGUUUAAAAUUUUUUGAAAAAGUUUGUCAGGUAUAUCAAGAGUGAAUUCAAAUUUACCUCAAUUCCAAGAAUUAUGUUUAGAUAGGGAAAAGGAAACUUACUUUGAUCUCAGGUUGAAAAUAGAUUGCUUUGAGUUUUAAGUAACUUUAGACUUCAAAAAAAGGUUAGAAUUUACUGUCUUACAAAAUGUAAUUUGGAAAAUUAUAUCCUUGGUUAACUGUUGGUGAUUGAAAUGUCAGUCUCUUAACCUUGUGUAUUAAAACUCUGCGUUGAGUCAAGGGUAUACAGAUCCUGAACAGUGUUUUGAGAAUCUAAUUGCUAUUUGUCACCUUUAUUUAAAAAUGAACAUGUACACUUCCCAUGAGUGUGACUUGGGUUGGCCAAUAAUGGCUGCUUGAUCCUCAUAAUUAAAUUGUGUCACUAGCAUAGUGGUAUUGUUCUUUGAAUAA